AGUAAAUAAGCCGCAAGAAAGUAUUAAAAAUUGUUUAUAAGCAAAAAAUAGCAACAUGGAUUACGAUUUUAAGAUGAAAACGCAAAUGGAGCGCACAAAGGUGGAGGACUUGUUUAACUAUGAAGGUUGCAAAGUAGGGCGCGGCACUUAUGGACAUGUCUACAAAGCCAAGUGGAAGGAAACAAGCGAUGGCAAAGAGUAUGCGCUAAAACAAAUUGAUGGCACUGGUCUCUCCAUGUCCGCCUGUCGAGAGAUUGCGCUGCUGCGAGAACUGAAGCAUCAAAAUGUCAUUACCUUGAUACGAGUAUUUCUCUCACACAACGAUCGCAAAGUGUUUCUGCUCAUAGACUAUGCGGAGCACGAUUUGUGGCAUAUCAUCAAGUUUCAUCGAGCUGCCAAGGCUACCAAGAAGCAAGUGGUCGUGCCGCGUGGCAUGGUAAAGUCUUUGCUGUAUCAAAUUUUGGAUGGCAUUCAUUAUCUACACAGCAACUGGGUGUUGCAUCGAGAUCUUAAGCCAGCUAAUAUACUUGUCAUGGGUGAUGGCAACGAGCGUGGACGUGUCAAGAUUGCCGAUAUGGGCUUUGCGCGUUUAUUUAAUGCGCCGUUGAAGCCAUUGGCAGAUUUAGAUCCUGUGGUGGUCACUUUUUGGUAUCGCGCGCCAGAGCUGCUGCUGGGCGCGCGUCAUUACACGAAAGCCAUAGACAUAUGGGCUAUAGGCUGCAUCUUUGCAGAGCUGCUUACAUCGGAGCCUAUAUUUCACUGUAGGCAGGAGGACAUCAAGACUAGCAAUCCCUAUCAUCACGAUCAACUAGAUCGCAUUUUCAAUGUAAUGGGCUUUCCGCAAGACAAAGACUGGGAGGACAUCAAAAAGAUGCCAGAGCAUCAUACGCUCACCAAGGACUUUAAGCGCUCCACCUACUCCGCCUGCUCGCUGGCCAAGUAUAUGGAACGGCACAAGAUCAAACCUGAUAGCAAAGCAUUUCAUUUGUUGCAAAAGCUACUGCUAAUGGAUCCCAACAAGCGAAUUACCUCAGAGCAGGCUAUGCAAGAUCAGUAUUUCCAAGAGGAACCACUGCCUACACAGGAUGUGUUUGCAGGAUGUCCCAUUCCUUAUCCCAAGCGUGAGUUCUUGACAGACGAUGAUCAAGAUGACAAAACAGAUAACAAACGUCAGCAGCAGCAACAGCAGCAGCAAAUGAAUCCCAACGAGCCAAAUGCCAAGCGUGUGCGUCUCUCAGGCCAGGGCAAUCAGCAAGACUUCCAUCAUCAACAGCAACAGCAGCAACAACAACAACAACAGCAGCAGCAGCAGCAACAACAGCAAAUGCUGUUCAAUCAACAACAGAGCUUCCAACAACGCUUCAACUGACAUAAGAGGAAGGCAGCGUGCUCAUUUAAAUUAAGUAUUUAAUAAAAAAAUAUAAAUAUAACAAAUAG